AUGGGUGUCACAGUUCUUUAUCUUGUGUCGGCGACAUCGCCAAAUAUAAUCAUUGAUGUUUGCGAUCUUAUUGGAAAUAAAAUUCCCACCAAUGUGGCUAAAUGGUCUUUUGAAAUCAAGCUCUUUAGAGAAAACCCGCAUAGCAUGGGUUCCGAAGCAGCAGCUGCCAAUGCUGCCGUCAGUCAGCACAUUCCUGGAGCUCGACCAGUUCCUUCGAACUUUCUUCAUACGCUUAUAUUUGCUACAAACCCAAAGGAGACUGUUUGUUUAGUCAAGGGCGUGGGCACAGCGCUGACAGGCCCUUUUGACCAAAUGCUUCAAACUAAGCUGCAAAGUUUGUGGCAACUACGGCAGUUUGUUCGUGGUGAAGGAACCGCGUUUGAGCUUGACAAUGGUGCCUUUUGGGUCCGAUUAGGCAAUAUGACCUUACAAGGAAACUUUCGUGGUUUGUUGAUUGAGAUUGAAGCAUCAAAAUUAGAGACUUUUUGGGAAGGCAGCGAGGACCCUCCAGGCUCAGAUGUGACAAAAUCUCCAGCUUUUCGCAAAAUCAAGCCGGUUUUAGACCUUUUGACUGCGCAGGGCAGCCCGUUGCAUGGUGCGGGUGGGCGUGUAAUAGUGGGGCCUUCUCAACUAGUGACGCGAACCAAACCAUUUACACGCGUGGAGACUGCAUGGCAGUAUGCUGAAGCCUUAGAAAAUCGCUGA